AUUGGCUGCUCGGCGGAGGCUGCUCCCGAACGGUAUUAGCUGCCGGUGCGUCGGCGCAGUCUGGGUCGCAGUGUGUCCGUGGCCAGUCGCAGUCUCGGCCGCAGAGUGUCCGUGGCUAGUCGCAGUCUCGGCCGCCGCAGCAGACACAGCAGCAGCUCAGGAUGAGGUGCUGUUUGGUGAUAACCGCCCUGGUGGCCGCCGCCGCAGGCCAGUUCGCGACCAUUCGCGACCGCCAUUGUGCUCAAGUCGUCAGAACCAAGGCCUUCUGUCAGAGAACCGAGCAAGCGUCCCAGUCCUCGAAGGUGACUCUGCGGAAGAACAGCUUCCGACAGAAACUUCGGAACAGAUUCAAGAACUGUCGAAAGCCACUGAGCAACGCCGUCAUCGACACGGAAAGACGAGCCAGGGGCAUCGUUGUGAAAAAGCGUGCGGCAGCUGAAGAGGGGAUGCCGGGGAUGUUUCCCAAAACGAAGAAGUCGAAGCUAGACAUCUGCACCGAAACCGCCAAGUUCAGUGCCAAGCUAAAGCACGCCGAUGUCACUCACAAGACAUCUGUUCUCAAAGAAUCCUUCGAGGCUCGGCGGAUAUGCCUCACGAGCAACCGAAACCGGAAGACUGGCGAGGAGAUGAAGGAGAUAUUCCUGGAUAUGUACAGCGAAGCUGCCCACGUCCUGCCGCCGGUGGUCAACAGCGACACGCUGUACCGGGACCAGGUACCGACCCGGUACCGGCCCGCCGACAAACCCCAGGUCGACGACCCGGCCGACUACGACGUCUACUUUGACCCGGGUCAGACGUACAGCGGCCCGGCCGUCGUCGAGCCCGUCGUCGUCGACACCAAGCCCAAGUACCAGCCCAAGCCGUUCGUGCCGCGUGAGCGCAAACAGGUACAGAAGCUGCAGCCGGCCGGGCCGCUGCUCUACCCUGCCCCGGAGCAGAGCUACGCCGCCGAGUCGCGCUACGCGCCCGCCGAGCCGGUCCAGGAUCUGAGCAAGGUCCCCGGCUACCCCGGAAAGGACUACCCCGUGUACGCCGCCGUGCCCGACACCAAGUUCACGUGCGAGUCGGUGCCGUACCGGCCCGGCCUGUACGCUGACGUCGAAGCCGGCUGUCAGGCGUACCACAUCUGCGAGGAGGACAACCGUCACGGCUACACGGGCGCCGACUUCCUCUGCACCAACGGCACCAUCUUCAACCAGUACGAGCUGACGUGCGACUGGUGGUACAACGUCGACUGCGCCAGCGCCGCCAAGCAGUACGACGUCAACCUGGACCCGUACAAGAACCCGUACCUGCCAACUCCUGAGGAGGAGGCCAAGAAGAAGGCCGAGCAGAAGUACGCCCCGCAGCCCCAGUACGCCCCCGAGCCCCAGUACGCCCCGCAGCGCUACGCCCCGGAGCCCCAGUACGCCCCUCAGCCCCAGCGGUACGCCCCGCAGCCCCAGCGGUAUGCCCCGCAGCCCCAGCGGUAUGCCCCGGAGCCCCAGUAUGCCCAGCCGCAGUACACGUACGGCCCGGGCUUUGGUGCGAGGCGUGACUAUCGUCGUCAGUAGUGAAUGGGCGGUGACCAGCGACUGCUGUGCUCCGGAGAAUGAGUUAAGAAUGUUGGGAGAGUGAGGGAGGAGUGGUGGGUGGUCAGAGUGUCGACAGAGUUAGAGGGAGAGUGGCGAGAAAGGGAGAGUGCUGGGAGUGUGUUGGUGUGACUGGUGAGUGAAUGUUAUUUAUAUACUGGUGUGUGAUCAUCUUUGAGCCAAUUCGUGAUCGGUCGUUCGUGCCAACUCGAAUGAAUGGAUAGAUCGGUGUGGAAUACACGCUGCUCCGAGUGGA